ACCCAGUCAAGCGCAUGUACUUAAAAAGACAGGCCACUACCAUUCAACCAACACAAGCACGAUUAACACCAUAUUAAUGUCAGCAAGGUAAGAAUCGCUGCUGCGGGGACUCGGAUCACUGGAAACGGACCAUGGCGGCUGCCACGAGCAGCAACACAUCCACAACCACACUACAGAUCAAGCACUCCAGUAUCGAGCAUACGCGGAAACGCAUAGACCCGAGGAGGAGGCAAGCGGCGUUGUCUUUUCUCAGCAACAUUUCUCUGGAUGGACGACCCGUGCAAGACGAUGCAGACAAUCAAAACGAAGAGGACGACUCUCUUGAAGCUAGGACUAGUCAGAGCCUGGUUUCUCCGGAGCGCUCGGUGUACGGGGCUGCAGCUGCUGCUGCGGCGGCGGCAGCGGCGACCACGGCCGCGCAGGCGCUCGCUUUUGCAAACCAGGCUCUGUUCGCCAGCAGUCGGGCCAGUUUCGGGACGGGUCCCGCUGCUGCCUCGGCGGGUACAGACUCGGAGGGCGACGCUUUCUUGCCCUCGACUUUCAGCUCGCCGUUCUCCGCGGUGCCAGCAUCUACUAGAGGGAGGCUGCAGACGUACACUCAGGGUAUCCUACCUGCACCUUACUCCAGGCAAAGCUCCCAGAACUACAGCCUGGAGGGCGGACAGAUAGCCAACUCUGCCAUAGAGCUGCAGAGAUCAAGACGAAGACUCAUUUCUCAGCGCUCUUCGCUUGAAACGCUAGAAGACAUUGAGGAGAAUGCUCCUCUUCGCAGAUGCCGAACCCUAUCGGGUUCACCCCGACCAAAGAGCUUCAAGAAGAUCCACUUCAUAAAAAACAUGAGGCAACAUGAUAUGCGCAAUGGAAGGAUAGUCCUUAUCAGUGGCAGAAGAUCCUUCUAUAGUGUAUUUUCUGUCCUGCCCUAUCGAGAUUGUAGCCAAGCAGGGGAAGUCAAGCUGGAAGGAGGAGGGCGUCAGCGGCACCCGUCGGGAGGCGUCAGUGCCAAGGAGAUGGUGAUCGGGCUGGAGGGGGUGGAGCUAGGAGCCGAUGGAAAGACUGUGUCCUACACUCAGUUCCUGUAUCCCACCAACGCGCUGGGUGGUCGAAGAAACACCAUCGACUCCACCUCGUCCUUCUCUCAGUCUCGUAACGCCAGCCAUAGAAGCCUCAGUUUGGGCCGAGCCAACAGCAACCAGAGCAGCUUGGACACAGGGAAUGAUUUGGGGGACUUCCGCGAGUACGACCCCAAUCUGCUGGAUGACCCGCAGUGGCCUUGUGGAAAACACAAGAGGGUCUUAAUCUUCCCCUCAUAUAUGACUACGGUCAUUGAAUACGUCAAACCCUCUGACCUCAAGAAGGACAUGAACGAAACCUUCAAGGAGAAAUUCCCCCACAUAAGGCUUACACUCAGCAAGAUUAGGAGCUUGAAAAGGGAGAUAAAAAAGUUGGCCCAGGAUGAAUGUGGUUACGAGGAACCAACAGUGGCCAUGGCUUUCGUCUACUUCGAAAAACUUGUGCUUCAAGGCAAACUAAACAAGCAGAAUCGUAAACUCUGCGCUGGAGCUUGCGUCCUUCUGGCGGCCAAGAUCGGCGGCGAUCUCAAGAAACACGAAGUCAAGCACCUGAUAGACAAACUGGAAGAGAGGUUCAGAGUGAACCGCAGAGAGCUGAUAGCCUUCGAGUUCCCGGUCCUGGUGGCGUUGGAGUUCACCUUGCAGCUGCCGGAACACGAGAUCAUGCCCCACUACAGACGCCUGCUGCAGACCUCCUAGCAUUAGUGACCCAUCAGGAGGACGACCACCAGGUUCUCCUUCUGAUCCUCUGCUUCCCACGAUAUCCAUCCUCCCACCUCACCUCACCGCGUCCGACGGCUCCAAGGUACUGCUGGCUGUCACUCAUCUGCAGCCGACCCC